ACGUGACUAGUUUCCAUCAUUAAGUGUCAGUUGAUAACUGAUUUCCCUCAUAACAAAAUUUAAUUGAGUACAGACGUUAACUUCAUCAAUGAAGACUGGAUUAGUUUUAUAUAUAUUUGUGUCGUUUUUACCGUGGAUAUGUGAGUCGCUCAAAUGCGAGGAUCCAUGGGUAUUACUUCGCAGGAACUGUGUACUGUUUGAGAAAACGAACAUGUUACCAUGGAAAGAGGCCCAACAGACGUGUGAAGAAUAUGGCGGGAAUCUUAUAUCAGUUAACUCAUGGAGUGAAAAGAAAGCCCUUCAAAAAGGACUCAUGCCAAGAAUAAAGAAACCGAACGAAUUAUAUUGGUGGGUAGGUUUAUCUCACAACCGAGCUCAGGCAAGAUGGGUAUGGCAAGAUGGCAGCUUUCUUUCACUACGUUCAAGGUAUAUAUCAAGGAGCCCAUGGGCCGCAGGUGAACCAGACAACAGAGGUGGAAACGAAUUAUGCGCAGACUUUCAUUUCUCAGGGAAAAUGUUCGACAAAGACUGCAGUGAACGCAAACCAUUUAUUUGUCAGAGAAUUAAGAUUACACCAGCACCACGACAGACUAAAACGACGACGUCAUCAAUUGUUUCGUCUAACAGCCCAACCAUUGUAUCAACUUUAACUCCAGAAACAUCAGUUCCUUUGCAAACAUCUGAAAUUACAACACAGCAUGAAAAAGUAUCAACACAACAGAAGACAACAAAUACUUCAUACAUUACUAAAACAUCCGUUGCAACAAAGACGUCGAAGUCUCAAACCAAACUUGAGCCAUUAACUAAGACGACCACACCACCACCAAAAUUGACCGCAUCAACAGUUUCAGCAUCCACACCUUAUAAAACAACACUAGUAAAACUAACUAAACCAACAGUUUCCGCACCACUUGUAAAUCGAAUACCUGAAUGUCCAGGGGUAUUUGCCUAUGGAAUACAAUGGCCAGCAACAAGAAUGUAUGCCAAAGUUAAACAGCCCUGUCCUGAUACUGCAGGAUAUGCCACAUGGACUUGUGUUCCGGACUCAGGCUGGAAGGAACAACCAAACCUGACAGAAUGCUCCUCAUCUGAUAUCCAAAGAAUAAACAAAAUGGUAGAUUCAGUUAUCAAUCGCAAGAGCGUUCCAACAACAGAAGAUAUGGUAUCGAUUGCAGCCAACUUAACAGAGAGUGUUGUUACUUCAUAUCACAUGACAGCAGCAGAUAUCUCAACAUCAACCGCCAUACUACACCAAAUGGCAAAAGCAAAGCCCAAAAAUGUGAAAGAAACCGAAACGAUGCUUAAGGAAGUUGUUAAGGCCGGGAAUUACCUCUUCAGUAAAACAGAAGCCAGUAAAAAUAUAGAAGCAGACGACAAAGAACGUGCUGCAUCAGACCUCUUGUUUGUUAUGGAGGAUACAGCUUUAGGAAUGACAGAUGCUCUUCAGACCACUGCAUCAAUUAGUACGAAAACUGAAAAAAUAUAUGUUUCACUCAAUGUGCUGAAUAUAAGUUCGUCUGAACAAGACUUGGAGUACAACAAUGGAGAAGAAGGCACAAGUUUCACAAUUCCAUACUCAGUUUUACAAAAAUAUAAGACAGAUGGAAUAGUCAAAGCUGUAUUUAUGACUCAUUACAAUCUGGGUAAUAUUCUGAAGAUUAACGAUGAUACGGUUGAUGUAGAAGUUGCCAGCAAUGUCGUAUCAGCUUCAAUAGCAGGAGACAAAUCCAUUGAAUUUCCUUUGAGUCCUGUCAUAUUUACCAUUCAGUUAUCACGGACCUAUGGGAAAGCUGCUCAACCGUUAUGCUCUUUUUGGAAUUUCUCAGAAGGUGUUUAUGGACAAUGGUCACAAGAAGGCUGUAACCGUGUCAAAGGAAAUGCAACGCACGUGACAUGUCAGUGUACCCAUCUUACAAACUUUGCUAUAUUGAUGGAUGUUUCUGGAGUAAAGCUGACAAACGAACACACACAAUUCCUGAGAUACAUUACUUUUGUUGGUUGUAUCAUCUCUAUUGCUUGUUUAGCAUUGAGCUGGAUCACAUUUCAAUGUGUCAGAUCUCUGGAUGGGGAACGAAAUUCCAUUCACAAAAAUCUUGUAUUUUGUCUAUUUGCUGCCGAAUUAAUAUUUAUAGUCGGCAUUGACAGAACAGAUGAUAGGGUUUCAUGUGCAGCUAUUGCAUUGCUCCUUCAUUUCUUUUUUCUGUCAUCUUUUAUGUGGAUGUUGAUGGAAGGUGUCCACAUUGUAGUUCUUCUCCAACAAGUCUUUGAUGCUGCCAAGAAUAAUAUGAGAUAUUACUACCUCGCAGGAUAUGGAGUAUCGAUUACAAUUGUUGGUACAACAGCUGGUAUAAAUUUCAAGGCAUAUGGAACUGAAGAUUUCUGCUGGAUAACUACAGACCAAUGGUUCAUUUGGAGUUUCACGGGACCGGUUGCUGUGAUAUUGAUAAUUAAUACAAUAGUUCUUAUGUACGCCUUAUCAUUGGUAUGCAGACAUUCGGCUUACGUAUUUGCAAGAGAAAAAAGUCAGCAAAGUAAUUUCAGGGCAUGGAUACAAGGUGCUUUUGCUGUUGAAGUUCUUCUUGGAUCAACAUGGGUAUUUGGAUAUUUCUUCAUCAACGAAUCAACAGUAGUGUUUGCAUAUAUAUUUACAGUUCUCAACAGCAUUCAGGGACUUUUCAUUUUCAUAUUUCAUUGUUUAUUGAAUAAAAAGAUACGUUUUGAAUACAAAAAACUGGCACAUGUACAUGUAAGACACAACUCGCAAAGUUCGACAAAAUCAGCGUCAUUCAAAAAGAAAGACGGUUCAUAUGAAGUAUAUGUGUCAACCACCUGAGUCAGGUGAACAAAGGACGCCCCAAAUGUGUUCAGAAAAUUGUCAAUUUGGCCAGUAAUACAUGCAUAAUAACGUUUUCAUUCUGUGCAUAAUCAAAAGUUGUUUUUGCUUGCGCAAUGAUGGUGUUCACUUGCAAGAAGUUUCUUAAAAAUUAAACAAAUAAAUGAAACGUAUGCAAUGUGAAGAAUGGACGAGCAUAAUAUGUACAUUUAUGUUUACUGUAUAUAAUUAUACAUAUAGAUGUCAUUUUGUGAAAUUCACAUUUAUUUUCAGAUCAGAUCAUGAUUUUAUUGAAUCGUACAUAAUUGUUGACAGUUGAUUUAAAUAUUGCCUUAAAUAAAUGUUUACAUAUUGAUA